CGUUUCCACUCUCGAAUUCUAGAACCAGUAGCACCCGAUCCCACCCCACCCUUCCUCCGUUAACUAACGGCUCUCUCUUGGACUCCCCGCUUCCAGAAGUCCACCAACAAACAAACCAAACAGCCGCCGUUAGCGCGUCGUAGCAGAACAGAAGCGGCCGUUGCACGCCACUGCUAACGCUUUUGAUAACGACGUGCCUCUCUUUGUUUCCUCGUUUGUUCCAACGUUUCUCUCUCUCCUUCUCUCUCUCUCCUUCUCUCUCUCUCUCUAUAUGCGUGUCUCUGUCUGCGGCUUCGUACGGAUUUCGGUACUACGAGAAAGAAGAGGGCGCCAUUUUUCGAUCUUGCAAAGAGAAAGCGAUAUCCGUUACGCUCAUUUUUGCCUAUAUUAUUAGUGUUGUUGUUAUUUACCGUCGUGUCUGAAGUGGCGCCGUUUCGAUUCGGAGGCAAAUCUAAGUAUAAAUUACUUGUGUCUUGAAUAGAAUGCCAGAUUUAGAGGAAAUAUUAGCUCAAGAAAAUGAGAGGGGUAGAAGUUUGGAGCCUGAAACCUCCGAGGAUGAGUGGCGGAAGUCUCGAGCUAGAUCUCUUAGGAGAAAAGCAAUGACUGCUUCAACAAGACUUACUUAUAGUCUCAGGAAGCGCAAUACACGUGUUGCAGAUAGUGAAUUUGCUUCAAUUUUCAUAGAAGAUGUUCGUGAUGCUAAUGAGGAAAAAGCUGUGAAUUCAUUUCGUCAGGUGUUACUUACAAGGGAUCUGCUUCCAGAUUCCCAUGAUGAUUAUCAUACAAUGCUGAGAUUUCUGAAGGCCAGGAAGUUUGACAUUGAUAAAACAGUGCAGAUGUGGGAAGAUAUGCUCCACUGGAGGAAGGAGUAUGGAGUAGAUUCUAUUUUAAAGGACUUCGUAUAUAAGGAGUAUGAAGAGGUUCAGCGUUAUUAUCCACAUGGUUACCAUGGUGUGGACAAAGAGGGCCGGCCGGUUUAUAUUGAAAGACUUGGCCAAGUUGAUCCCAGCAAAUUGAUGAGUGUCACGACAGUAGAUCGUUUUUUAAAGUAUCAUGUUCAGGGAUUUGAGAAAAUGUUUAAAGAGAAAUUCCCAGCAUGUUCUAUCGCAGCAAAGAGACAUAUUGAUAAAACAACAACAAUACUUGAUGUGCAAGGCGUGAAUUGGGUGAGUUUGAGCAAGCUUGCACAUGAUCUUGUUAUGCGCAUGCAAAAAAUUGAUGGUGAUAACUACCCUGAGACAUUAAACCAGAUGUUUGUAGUUAAUGCUGGUAGCGGGUUCAAGCUACUAUGGAAUACUGCAAAAGGUUUUCUUGAUCCAAGGACCACGGCCAAAAUACAUGUUUUAGGUAACAAGUUUCAGAACAGAUUGUUAGAGAUUAUAGACUCGAGCCAACUUCCAGAUUUCCUUGGUGGCAGUUGUUCAUGUCCAAAUGAUGGAGGGUGUAUUAGAUCUAACAAAGGGCCUUGGAAUGAUCCUAACAUUUGGAAAAUAUUACACUGUAGAGAAGCAAUGAAGCUGACAAAGUUUGGAAGUUCCUCAGUUGCUAAUGAGGUAGAUGUGAAGUCAUACACCAGCAAGGUUACAAGCUCUGAAAUAUCUGAAACUCUAUCAGCAUCAGCAGCUAGAUUGAGUCCGUCAGCUUUGGUACAAUCAGUUCCUUCUAGUGAUAAAAAAACGAGAGACUGUGCACCUAGUGAAAACCUACUCGAGCCUGUUAAUGCUGCCAGAGAUGUUGGGGAUGUUGAUUUAAUAGGUGAUUCAAGCAACAAUUAUCUCAGAAGACUUCCACACAAACCAAUUCCCUAUAUUACAAGUAUUUUUGCUCAAAUCACAGUCAAAUUGUUAACUUGUAUUUAUGUAGUACUUGCGGCAUUGGGGAGAUUGUUUAUGGUUCGCUCUGUAGACAACCAACCAAGAAACCAUGAGAGAACCCAAUCAGCACAAUCCAAUUCCCAGGAACAUUUAAUUAAUCCGGCAAUAAAAGAGCCACUUUGGCAGAGGUUGCAGAAUUUAGAGGCGGUGGUUACUGAGAUGGCCAAUAAACCUAAAACAAUUCCUCCCGAAAAAGAGGAUAUUCUUCAGGAAUCAUUAAGUCGUAUAAAAUGUAUAGAAUAUGACUUGCAAAAAACAAAGAAGGCCCUGCUGGCAACUGCUUCAAAGCAAGUUCAGCUUGCCGAGUCAUUGGAAAGCUUAAAGGAGGGUAGAUUUGAUGGGUCAAACUCAUGUUGGCCUAAAAAUAGAAGUUAUGGCCCAGGAAGAUGAGUAUUCCAUUUUUUCAGCAUCAGUUUGCAGGGGUUGCUAGUCCAUUGUUUUUAUACUCUACAGCUGAAUUUCUACCAGAUCUAAACUUCCAUUGGCUUAUAUAAAAUACUGCUCUCAUUCUCACAGGUUUGAGGAAUGGGCUAUGGGGAGUAGAUAGCCCGAUAAUGUAUAGAAGGCAAGAAGAAUUUUUUAUGAGGAUUCUGGACUCCGAAUUAUUCCUUUCCAAUUAUAACUGAGUGUGUUAACCACAUUUGUCUUCAUAUUGGCUUUUGUGUACAGAGGACAUAGAUACAAAAAUAUGCUCUACUCAAAUUCUGAUGUAUUUUACUACCAAUUGCAUAUAUGCAGAAGAAACGUUUUCUGUAAUACGUUGUAACACAGAAACAGCUUAAGAGUAAAUUUUUUAUUUUACUAAA